UCACGUGAUAUCGGUAUGGUUUCUCGAAAUGGUUCGAUGAUGAAAGACAUAAACAACUGCAGCAGCUAGAAUUCGGGGAUAAAUUCCAUUUUGAACUAAAGAUCAGCGGUUGAAUCUUGACCUUGCGCGUGAAAGCUUGUAAUUAUUUUGUCUUUUUACUCCGGAACCAGUAACUCAGAAUGCAACCAUUGUUUAUUGAUGAAGAACAGCGACAGAAGACUAACAGGGGGUGGGUAAGAGCUACACACUGGAAGAUCGCUUGUUUGCUCACCAUGGCUGUCUUGCUGGUCCUGUUAUUGAUAUUUGUUACGCUGUAUGUAUCGGGACAAAGGCUAUGCGGGGCACAGAAAGAAAAGAUGGACUCAAUGUACAAAGCUUUUGAAGCAUUGUCCAAACGUCUUGACUCAUUGGACGUAAAUAUGGGAAGAAAACUGGAUUUAGUAAAUGCAUAUGUUAAGAACGCAUCUCAGAGGACAACUGCUUUGGAAAUACAAGAUAACCAGGACUCAAUCUUCAAAGCCAUUGAAGCUUUGUCCAAACGCCUCGACUCCCUGGGCACCAAUAUGGAAAGAAAACUGGAUUUAGUAAACGUGAAUGUUAUGAACAUGUCUGAAAGGACGACUACUUUGGAAAUUAAAGGAAGACUGGCUCUCAUUAACAAGACAAUCGAGGCGUGGUACACAAGUCCUCACUCGUUUAACAAAAGUGUCGUAAGGAAACUGGAUGUCGUGAUUAAGUCAAUCGAAGAGCUCUCUUUGCAAUUUAAGAACACGUCUGAAACGAUAAAGGCAUUGGCUAUGCCAGUUGCAGGAUACGCUCUACAAUUUCCGCAGAGAGGAACCAGUGAUUACGUCAUCGUCACACGUGGCAUGCCAAACCUGUCAGCUGUAACGGUUUGUCUGUGGAUGAAAACCGCUGAUACUAGAAAUGAAGGAACACUCCUGAGCUAUGCUGUAUCUGGAGAAACUAACGAGCUUCUCCUGACUGACUAUAGGCUAUUUAGGAUCUACAUCAACCAUGGGAGUGGUCAUACUUCUGUAUCCGCCAAUGAUGGAAAGUGGCAUCAUAUCUGCCUAACAUGGGAGAAUACCACUGGAUCAUGGAAAUUAUUUCGAGAUGGUUCGGUUGCCGCUUCUGGUAAAAGUCUCCAAACAGGUCACAUGAUUCGUGCAAAUGGAUCCCUGGUACUAGGGCAGGAGCAAGACUCAAAGGGGGGAAAAUUUGAAGCCCAUCAAUCUUUCAUCGGUGAAAUGACAGGUGUCAACAUUUGGGAUCACGUCAUAAAAGACCAAGAAAUCGCACGCAUGUCAAAGUCGUGUCUGACAGGGGUGGGCAACGUGUUUCAGUGGCGCGAGUUCAAAGCUCACAUCAAGGGCUCAGUGAAGAUAAUUAAGCCAUCGUGCUGAAGUGAAAACAUCCAUGAUAUGAUUUAUGAACAUUGUGAAGGAUGUUGCAUUAAAAACAACCUUUGAAAACUC